AUGCGUCAGCGUCCAAUCGCAACAACGCUCCCCCUCCCUCCCUCCCGACCCGACCCGAGCUCAUCACCCUCGAGUUCAAAACUGGCAUCAGUCAGUCACAGCAGAGCAGCAGCACUCGAUUUCAUUUCAUUCAGGAUUAUCACAUCGCAGCUUCUUCGAGAGAUUCAAACAUCCACAAUGGCUGCUCUUGCCAACGCUGCUGUGCUCCCGUCCACCUUCGUCGGCCAGAGCGCUGAGCUCGCCGCAAAGGUGAACAAUGUCGAGGCCCGCGUGACGAUGAGGAAGACCGCCAAGGCGGCUUCCAGCAGCGCCUUCUACGGCCCCGACCGCAACCUGUUCCUGGGCCCCUUCAGCUCCCCGCCGUCGUACCUCACCGGCGAGUACCCCGGCGACUACGGCUGGGACACCGCCGGUCUGUCCGCUGACCCCGAGACCUUCGCCAAGAACCGCGAGCUGGAGGUCAUCCACGCUCGCUGGGCUCUGCUCGGCGCGCUCGGCUGCCUGACCCCCGAGCUGCUGGCCGGCAACGGCGUGAACUUCGGCGAGGCCGUGUGGUUCAAGGCCGGCGCGCAGAUCUUCUCCGAGGGUGGCCUGGACUACCUGGGCAACCCCAGCCUGAUCCACGCGCAGUCCAUCCUGGCCAUCUGGGCCACCCAGGUCAUCCUCAUGGGUGCCGUCGAGAGCUACCGCGUGGGUGGCCUCGAGGGCUUCCAAGAGGUUGAGGACCCCCUGUACCCCGGCGGUGCCUUCGACCCCCUGGGCCUGGCCGACGACCCCGAUGCUCUUGCUGAGCUGAAGGUGAAGGAGCUGAAGAACGGCCGCCUCGCCAUGGUGUCGAUGUUCGGCUUCUUCGUGCAGGCCAUCGUCACCGGCAAGGGCCCCCUGGAGAACCUGAGCGACCACCUGGCUGACCCCACCGUCAACAACGCGUGGGCCUAUGCCACCAACUUCACCCCCGGUGCUUAG